AAAAGAAAAACAGAAAUUUAGAGAGAGAGGAGAAAAUCUGGUGCAUCCAGAAUUCGAGCCCACCACUCCACACAAAUCUAUCCUAAAAGAAUGCCAGCCCACGGACUGGUAGUGUUGCCUCUUGCUGCCUCCGACCUCAAUCUCUGCCCGCGAAUUGUUUCUUUCGGUUGCCGCUGCCAUCCAUUUCCUCCCCUCAAUUUCCCUCUUUCCACAGGAAGCAGGAAAGAAAAGAUUUAUAGACUCAAGGCUAGCUUCUGGGAGUCUAUUAGAUCAGGGAUUUUGAAAAACAGUAGUACUCAAGUUGUAGAGCCUCCUGUCACUACUGAAGAAGAGGAAGAGCCCUUGCCCGAGGAAUUCGUUCUCGUUGAGAGCACCAGACCUGAUGGAACGAUUGAGCAGAUCAUAUUUUCCUCCGGUGGGAAUAUUGAUGUGUAUGAUCUCCAGGCUUUAUGCGAUAAGGUUGGUUGGCCUCGGAGGCCUCUGUCAAAGCUAGCGGCAGCUCUAAGAAAUAGCUACAUGGUUGUUACUCUGCAUUCCAUUAGCAAGUCAACUGGAGAAGAGGGAAAUGACCAAAAGAAGUUGAUAGGAAUGGCGCGAGCUACAUCUGAUCAUGCUUUCAAUGCAACGAUUUGGGAUGUUCUUGUUGAUCCAUCUUAUCAGGGCCAAGGACUUGGGAAAGCCCUCAUAGAGAAGCUUAUAAGGGCUCUUUUGCAGCGUGACAUUGGAAAUAUUUCACUCUUUGCAGAUAGUAAAGUUGUGGAGUUCUAUCGCAACCUAGGGUUCGAACCUGAUCCAGAGGGCAUCAAAGGUAUGUUUUGGUACCCGAAGAACUAGUUGAUCUCCAGUCAGAAGGGCCUCCGUGUCACGAUGUCAACUACCGUGUAUAUGCAGCUAUAAUACUCCCAAUAUUCUAAUGAAUGAAGUAGCUUUUUUUUUUCUUCUCUUUUUAGUUUAGGUUAUCUUGCAAAAUGUCAUGUAUGAUGAAUUCAACUGCAUAAAUUGGUUUUAGAAUGUGCUAAUUCUUCGAUAUCACGUAAUAAAAUUGCAUAUUUGAUUUUUGUGAGGUAAA